AUGCAGCUCCAUUGCGUGCUGACCUUUUUGGUGGUCGGAUUCGUGAGUCAAGCGUCGAAGGCACUUGCUUCCACUCCGCUACCAAACAAGUGGUACAAGUGCCCGACCUACACCGUUCCGGGCGUGGCCAACGGUAGCGAUGUCAAUGCCGAGUGCAUGACCUUCGAGGCUUCGAUGUGUUAUCCCGGCGUCUGCAAAACUUCGGCGAAGGCGCGUCGCACGAUCGACGUGUUUGUGAAGCGCUUCCCUGCCACGUCAAUCAAGGCGGAGGAGGCAUCCAACGUAUGGAUGCUUGCAGGCGGACCCGGUGACUCCUCCAGCGGCAUGGAAGGUGAUAUGGUUGCACUGCACGCAAGUCUGAAGGGAUCAGUCAACGUGUAUACGAUAGAUCCUCGCGGCGUUCGACGCAGUACGCGAAUCGAUUGUGCAUCUCUCCAUACCACGCGGUCUUCAUCCGGCGACAUGAUGGAUACCUCGUGGGUUCCAUCUUGUGCUAAAGAACUUCACAUGAAGUAUGGCGAUCUUGCUUCGUUCUCGACCACAAGCGUUGCUAUGGACAUUGCUACCUUCAUCUCCAAGUAUGCAAACGGUGCAAGCACUAUCGUGUACGGCGUGAGCUAUGGAACGAUGGUGGUUGAGCGUCUGAUGCACUUGAAUCCGUCCAAUGUGACCGGAUACGUCUUGGACAGCAUCGUGACCUCUUCAGGAACUCAGGCGGACAAGGCGGACAUCUCAGACUCUGACACGGACACUGGUGAAGUCGGCGAGCACUUCAUGGAUCUGUGUGAGCAAGACAAGGACUGUGGUUCUCACUUCCAAUUCACCAACUUGUUGACCACGCUUCGCAAUACCUAUUCAAGCUUCGACACCGACCCCAAUUCGACAUGUGCUGCUCUGAUACUAAACGGGACAGAGGACAAACCAUCUGAUGCUAUCCGGUAUACGCUGGGCAGCUUGCUGGGGGAUAGUUCAUUACGACUCCUGAUUCCACCGUUGGUGUACAGGCUCAAUCGCUGCGAUGCCAAUGACGUCAAUGUUUUGACGCACUAUUUCGAGCGCAAGAAUGCACCCUACCCAUGGACGAACAGCGAUCCGCACGGUACCUCGGAUCUGAUCCUACAUCUGGUCGUCUUCUCCGAAAUGUGGGAGACGCCCACGCCUUCCUACGCCGAUUUGAUGUACAGGUUUACGAACGCGAGCGUUGCGAGUGAUGGCGUCUUCAUCUUCCUGCCCUCAUUUUGCGCUUAUUCGAAAGAAAAGUCGCCAGGAUGUGACGAGCAUGGAGUUGGCAACUACGAAGCGGACGGGAUCCUUUACUCGCGUGACCAGUACUGGAACAAGACUGCUGCGUUACCCGAACAAGCUAGUGUGCUUCUGAUGAACGGGAAACUGGACCCACUCACUCCUUACAAAUACGCCGAGUCGUUGUUUAAAGCGCUCGACACACCCAGAAAGGAGCUCGUCGCGUUUGAUUACGCGUCGCAUGCGUUGAUGGGUGCGACUCCGUAUGCAGAUGGCACGAAGGUUUGUGCUAUGGAUCUGCUGGCUUCGUACGUCGCCAACAACGGCGACCUCGAUCUUCUGGACAAGUCGUGCAUGUCUGAAAUGCCUACCCUUGACAUGACGGCGACGUCCGAUACCGUGAAAUAUUGGCUUGGCACCAACGACGCGUACGACGGUGUGGCAUCUCCAGCUGAUGGUGAAGAGAGCGUUGGAUUGCAGAAAACGCGAUAA